AUGCCGUCAGGCUGCCCGAUUUUCACCACCGCUGCCGUCGAGCUCGCCGCUCUGCCUCCGGUCUCCGCCACCGUUCCUCCAUGCCCACCUGGUAUGCCCACCCCCCUCUCUUCUCUAGUCUCUAUGCCCACCGCCCCUCUCUUCUCCGGUCACGGCCACGCUGCAGCCGCCGCCGCCGCCCCGCCGCUGCCCCACCGCUGCCCCACGGCCUCCCCGUCGUCGCCGCCGCCACCGACCACCCCCACCUCCCCGUCCCCCACCCCCUCCCCUCCCAUGCGCACCACCGAGAAGAAUCUUGCAAUGACGACUUCUCCAAGUGAAAACACGGAGCAGGCACAAGGGUCUGGCCCUAUGGAGCAAGCACCAGGGUCCAACCCCACGGUGCAAGAAAAAGGGUUAGACCGCAUCGAGAAGGCACCAGGGUCUAGCCCCACCGUGCAAGAAAAAGGGUCCGACCGCACGGAGCAAGAAAAAAGGCCCGAGCACACAGAGAAGGAACAAGGGUCCCACAACACGGAGCAGGCAGAAGGGUCACGUGAGUCAACUCCUUCGUAUGAGACCUCGGUAAGCGACAUUCCUGAUCCUCACAUAGAGAGGAACGCCCGUCGUGAGUACGCACGUGACCCUGAUUACAACCUAGAGAUAGAAGAGGAGGUGCUAUUUCAAUUGAAAGAAAUGGAGGAAAUCCUAUCCCAAGAAGAAGUUGCACAUGAAAGUGCACCUGAGCCGACGACGGAGACGACCACCGAGACCGGGAACAAAAGGAAACGAGGUGAAAGAGGAUUGAAUCAGUUCCCAAAAGUGACGCAUGAAAAGCUAGGGCAAUUGGAGGCCACGCAGAUUGCCACUAAUGACAAGCUUACAAAGGUGGAGGCAGCUGUUGCUAGUGUGGAUAAAAGUCUUGCUGCGCUUCUCAAGCGUUUUGAUAAUUUCCACACAAUGGAUAAAGAGAAGCAUAAGGACGAAAACAAGGAGGAAGAACGAGUGGACAAUAAGUAUGAUGAUGAUUAUACUGCUUGUCGACAGUAUCAGUAA